AUCAGUAUCAUUGAUGAAUUUUAUUAUUCAGUCUAUCGUCACGAUAACUAAUGCACGGACGCGUUCAAAAUGGAGGACUUACGAAGUUUAAUUGUGUUUGAAAUGGUCAUAAAAAUGUUCAGACAAGUGUCUAAAUCAGCCGGAAUAGAAUGGGCGCCAUUAGACGUGCCAAUGCAUCGUCGGCUUCAAACCCUUGCUGUGGCCGCCUGGGUAUUUCUAGCUAUCUUUGGAGAAGGCAUCAUGCUGUACUUCUUCAUCAAGCUGUUGUACUCCAGUUUUUGGUGGCUCGCCUUUUUGUAUGCUGUGUGGAUGAUGAGCGACAUUGGGAUUUGCCAUAAAGGCGGCCGAACAGUUCAAUGGGUUCGAAAUUGGGGCUGGUGGAAUUAUUUCCGGGACUUCUUCCCUAUCAAAUUAGUUAAGACAGCAGAGUUGGAUCCAUCUAAGAAUUACCUCUUCGCGUGCUUCCCUCACGGCGUGCUGUCGUCGGGCGCGUUUUGUUCUUUUGCAACGAACGCGCUCGACUUCCACAAGCUAUUCCCGGGCCUGACGCCUCAUUUGGUGAUCCUCGGGAGACAUUUCCUCGUUCCGUUUGCCAGAGACGUAAUCCUGUCUUUGGGUACAUGUGCGCCAUCACAGGAGAGUUUGUUGUAUAUGUUGAACCCGAAGAGAUACCAGGGGCAGUGCGUGGCUAUGAUGGUCGGGGGAGCCGCUGAGGCGCUGGAUUCACAUCCUGGGAAGUACAUAGUCAUUCUCAGCAGGCGAAAAGGAUUUAUUAGAAUCGCCAUGAAGUCGGGAGCGUCUCUAGUACCUGUCUUUUCGUUUGGCGAAAAUGAAGUUUUCCGACCUCUUCACAAUAGUUUAGUGAGGAGGUUUCAGGAGAAGCUGCGCCGACACACCGGCAUAGCAUCGGUCUUCCCUUUGGGAAGAGGCUUGUUCCAAUAUUCCUUUGGUGUUGUACCUUUGAGGAACCCUGUCACAACAGUGGUGGGUACUCCGAUGGAGGUGAAGAGGAAUCUCGACCCUACAGACGAGGAAGUGGAUGAGGUCCACGCGGAGUUCACGAGGCGGCUCGUUCAACUCUUCGAGAAUGAGAAAUCCAAGUACUUGAAGAAUCACGAGGAAGUACAGCUUGUCAUCACCUAGUACAAGGCUGAGGGAAUAUUGUGAAACAAUUUGGAGUAGCUGUAUUAAUCACCACAAGUUUUUAAUUAGCAAAAAAAAUAAUAAUAGGCCACUUAAAAAAUGAAUUUUUGUUACAACUUAAGUGCAAUUUCUAUGCGAUAAGAUCUGUGUAAACAGUUCAUAUAUUUAGAAAAUUCUGCAAAGUUCUGCAAGGACGAUUUUUCGAAUGAUUUACAAUGAGAAACAUUAGGCAUUGACUUAAGCAAGAUCAUGCUUACCUAGCGAUAGUUGAUUUAUUUUGUUUUGCGUGUCAACAGAUGAUCUGAGUUGGUAAAUAAAAUAUAGUAUACUAUAAUUAGUAAAUAAAUAUUAAUAUUUGGCUUUGAGAAGAAAACAUUUUCGACACAGAAUUAUUCAAAAACGUUUUUAAGUUUAAUUUCAGUAGUCAUAAGGCUGUUUUUUUUGCUAAUUAAAUUUAAUAUAUUGGUGUGUGUGUGUGGUGGUAAAGGUUAUUGUAGUGACAUUGUCAUUCAAGUUCAGUCUAGCAAUGACGUAACGCCUACCUACAUGUCUAAAGGAAGAAAAUAAUGAUGCAGCCAAUAUGCAUUUUCACAAAAUGUACUUUAGACAAUCGGCUGAUGAUGCGUUUGUUGAAUUUGAUAAAAAAACGACUUAUUAUAUUAUUAUUAUGAUUUUUAGAUCUGUAUCUUGUUAAGUUUAAAAUAAGUUCUACUACUUGCGUCGAUAAUCCUCAGUGCUGAGGGUCGUGGCCUCAUGAGGCUUGGGAAACUACAAGUAGUGAAUAGUAAAUAAAAGGAGCGCGUGUCUCCUUCUCCUACUCGCGUCGUUUCCUCACUGCUGAGGGUCGUGAGCAUCGUGCUUAGACAGGGUUUCAUUUUUUGUUAUGUCUCUGACCGCGUUAAGGGCUUCGUGGAAUGAGGUUUCUAUGUAACUCAGUAGAGAAGUAAAUCUUCCUAAGUGACAGGGCGGGAGAGGCCCAUUUGCUGUGCUGGUGGUAAUACUUAUAUGUUACACUUAGGUAUUUUUUUUUAUGGCUUAAAUGGGUGGACGAGCUCACAGCCCAUCUGGUGUGAAGUGGUUAAUGGAGCCCAUAGACAUCCACAACGUAAACGCGUCACCCACCUUGAGAUAUAAGUUCUAAGGUCUCAAGUAUAGUUACAACGGCUGCCCCGCCCUUCAAACCGAAACGCAUUACUGCUUCACGACAGAAAUAGGCAGGGUGGUUGUACCUACCCGUGCGGACUCACAAGAGGUCCUACCACCAAUAAAAAAGUUCGAUAUUUAUAUGUUUACUUAAUUAAUUGAUCGACCAACAAUAACUAGAACCGCGAUAGGAUUAGUGAUUUGGAGCGAGGGGUCACUGAGCUAUAGCCAGAAUCAGUUCUGUUAAGUAAUCAACAGUUGAUAAAAACGAGGAAUAAACAUAUAACGCACUAAUGACAUUAACUAUUUGUAGUCUGGGUGUGAUUGUUCUAUUGAUGUAUUUAUUACAAAUAUUUAUUGUAACAAGCUUGAAGCUGGUUAAUAUCGUUUUUGGGCCUUUUGGCAAACGGGCUGACGGCCCACUUAACCGUGUGUGGUUACCGUCGCCUGUGGAGGUCAGCAAAGCUGGGCACAGCCGAAUUGUUUUCUAGAAGUUUCGAUAUUAACUUCAGACACGUUCUUAUUAACAGUAACUUAACAACGAAGCAGAACGAAUGAGAAAUUUAAUAAAUGUUUUCUUGUUGAAA